GACGCGGACCUAGUGCGGAGCACGCAGACGCCCCCACCGCGGAGCCGGCCUCGCCGGCCUCGUCCAGCGCCCCAGGUUGACGGCAGUCUCGCCGCCCUCCAGGACGCCGUCGUCGUCGUCGUCGUGGUCCCGGUGUGCCGGCGACGCGCCAAGCAGCGCCACAGGUGCACUCCAGCGCCGGCGGCAGCGACAAGCACCCCGUGAUUGUCUCCCGGCGGCGGACGAUCACAGUGUAGUGCGCGGCAGUGUCGAUGAACUGACAGUGCAUCAUUAAAAGGAUUACCCGCGCGGCGCGAAAAAAAAACCCAACGAAAAACAGUGUGGGGUCGGAUUGUGUCGUGACUGUUGUGGUUGGCCGGGCCGCCGUUUCGGGAGAGGCGGCACGCCGAAGGAACUCUUCUCCGCUGGCAAUAUCCAUGGACUGGCGUGGGGCCCGGCGCGUCCUAGGCGGCAGGUAGACGCGACCGCCACCAUGAGGGCCGUGCUGCUGCUGUGCUUGCUGGCCGCGGCGCGCGCCGAGGAGGCGGACAAGGCCGAGAAGGAGGAUGGCGAGUGCUCGGGCGCGCUGGGCAUGGAGGCGGGCCGCAUCCCGGACACCGCCAUCACGGCCUCCUCCUCGUACGAGGCCAAGUCCGUCGGGCCGCAGAACGCCAGGAUCCGGCAGGAGAUGAACGGCGGUGCGUGGUGCCCCAAGGCGCAGAUCUCGUCCGAGGUGCGCGAGUACCUGGAGGUGGACCUGCGCGACGCGCACCUCAUCACGCGCACCGAGACGCAGGGCCGCUUCGGCAACGGCCAGGGCCAGGAGUACGCCGAGUACUUCAUGCUGGAGUACUGGCGGCCCGGCAUCAACCGCUGGGUGCCGUACCGCGACCACAGCGGCGAUAAGGUGCUGCCGGCCAACACCAACACGUACAUCGUGGCGCGGCAGGAUCUGGCGCUGCCCUUCGUGGCCACCAAGGUGCGCUUCCUGCCGCACAGCGAGCACCCCAGGACGGUGUGCAUGCGCGUCGAGCUCUACGGAUGCCUCUGGAAGGGCGUGCUGCGCUACGUGGCCUCGCCGGCGGACAUCCCGGACCGCAGCUACGACGGCGGCCUCGGUCAGCUGGUGGACGGGCUCCGCGGCCCGGACGACUACCGCAACCACGAGGAGGACGCGCUGCAGGGCCGCUGGGUGGGCUGGCGCAACGACUCGCUCCGCGGCCGGCCCGUCGAGAUCACCUUCCACUUCGGCAUGCCCAGGGAGUUCGUGGCCAUCCGGCUGCACCUCAACGACCGGCAGAGCCACAGCGCGCAGGUGCCGCGACUCAUCCGCGUGCUGCUGAGCCCCGACGGCGUGCGCUUCCAGAACCCCUCGGCCGGCGUGCAGGUCGUGCCGCCCACGCCCGAGGAGGAGCACGGCCUCCACGACGACCUCCACGACGACCUGGACGAGGAGGUGGCGCAGGAGGUGUCCAUCCCGCUGGGCGGCCGGCCCGCGCGCAGCGUCCGCGUGCAGCUCUUCUUCGCCGCCACCUGGAUCCUGCUCAGCGAGGUGACCUUCGACUCGGUGCCCUUCACCGGCAACUUCACGGACGACAUGGUGGAGAUGACGAGGACGCCCGAGGUAAUCAGCAGUGGCGGAGCCAGCGGAAACAGUGUUGUUGGCGGCGGGGCCGCGGGCAGUAGUCCCGGCGACCUCCACCAGGGCGCGGGGCAGCCGGCCAGCAGCAACGCCAACGACGUGAAGAGCGCCGGCAAAGAGAUUCCUGCGUCCCACAACGAGGUGCUCAGCGCCCACAAGGACGAGGUCCCGACGAGCACGGCGACGUCGGAGCAGGGCCGCGCCACCUACAUCGGCGUGGUGUCGGGCGUGCUGUCCGUGCUGGCGGUCUCGCUGGGCUGCGUGGUGCUGCUGCUGGUGCGUCGCGGCCGCCAGAAGGUGUCGCUGCUGCACAAGCACGCCGCCCUCAUGUGCAGCGCCAAGGCGCCCGCCCUGGGCCAGGCCGUGUCCAUGAAGGACCUCAAGUCCACCGUCAGCAUCCUGAGCAACGGCAGCGUGGUCGGCGGCGGCGUGGGCAGCCUGCCUGGCAACGGAAUGGUGGGCGGCGGCGGCUCGCUGUACGGCACCGGCGCCGGCAUGGGGCUGGGCAGGGCGCGCCUCUCCAAGAACGGCUACGUCACCGCGCCCAGGCUCUCCAUGGCCAAGAACAACGUCAUGUACGGCCAGGUGGUGGCGGGCGAGGAGAGCGACUCGGAGAACUCGAUGGCCUACCACGAGCCCUACAAGCUACUCAUGCCGCCGUCCAAGCAGCACCAGCAGGAGUACGGCUGCCUGCUGGGCAAGGAGCUCACCCCCAGCAAGAGCACCGACUACGCAGAGUUCGCGAUCCGCGACGACGCCAAGUACGCCCCCUCCUCCGUGUACCACCUGUCCCUGGGCAACGGACUGAACGGCCUCGGUUCGCGGUCGCAGUACGACGUGAAGGCGCUGUUCGGGGCCUCCACGACGCGCUCCAGCGAGAACUUCUACGCCGCCACGGACAUCGUCAAGGCCGAGCGGCGCGAGCAGCACCUGGCCAUGGGCAGGUUCACCUGCCUGAUGCUGCCCAACGGGCUGCCCGUCCUGGAGGGCUCCGCGUCGCUGCUGGAGUUCCAGCGCCACCGGCUGCGCGUCACGCAGUCGCUCGGCGAGGGCGCCUUCGGAUCGCUGCACGUCUGCGAGACGGAGGCCGCCCUCGACUUCAACGGCACGUCCAGCUUCAGCAAGCGGCAGCCGGUGCUGGCCAAGACGCUGCAUCGGGGGGCCGACCCCGAGACGCAGCAGGAGUUUCUGCGGGAGGCCAGCUGGCUGGCCAGCAUACGCGAUGCCAAUGUGUGCCGGGUGCUGGCAGUGUGCAGCCAGGACGGACCGCUGUGCGUGCUGCAGGAGUACUCGGAGAGCCAGGAGCUGGCCCGCCUCGUCAGGGACAACGCCAACAUAAGUUACGGCUGCCUCAUCUACAUGGCCACGCAGAUCGCGUCGGGGAUGAAGUACCUGGAGGCGCUCGAGAUCACCCACCGCGACCUGGCUGCCAGGAACUGCAUUGUAGGGCGCAACUACCAGGUGAAAGUGUCCGACCACGCCGUCUUCACCGCCGAGUACGACUCCGAGUACUACAGCAGCGACACCGGCUCCAAGCUGCCCGUGCGGUGGAUGGCGUGGGAGGCCCUCCUUUUGGGCCAGCACAGCCCCCGCAGCGACGUGUGGUCGUUCGCGGUGACGCUGUGGGAGGUGCUGGGCCGGUGCCGCGAGCUGCCGUUCUGCGAGCUGACGGCCGAGCAGGUGGUGGAGAACUGCAGCCACUGGUACCAGGACUCGGGGCUGCAGCGCGCGCUGUCGCGGCCGCCGCUCUGCCCGCGCGAGAUCUACGACCUGAUGCUGGAGUGCUGGCGCCGCAACAAGGACACGCGGCCCCGCUUCCACGAGAUCCACCUUUUCCUGCAGCGCAAGAACCUGGGCUACGAGCCCGGCUACGAGUGCGGCUAGCACCAGCGCCGCCAUGCUCACUGAGGGUUUGCUCACUGUGCGCGCUAGAGCGCCGUAGCCACUUGUUUUGUUUUUGUCCGACACUUGUCGCGCGUGCGUGUCUGUGUGUGUGUAUGUUGGUCGGUUGGAGGGGAGCGGAAAGCAAUGUGAUACUUGUUAGUUUCUAAUGCGGGAAUUCCCCCGGUGAGAGGGGUUUUGCAAACGUACUGUGUAAGGGGAAAAUGUUGUUUUAAGUGUGUUGUCAUGGUGCUCUUGUGUAAAUACGGUGUUUUUGUUUGUACAUAUCAACUUUUACUUUCUGGACCCACUGUCUCGGAGGCCAUGCGUGGCUCUAGGCCGUGGAGGAUCGUUGUUAAGGACUUUCCUUAUUCUGGAGCUGUUCAAACUCCUAGUGUAAUAGGCAAUAAAAUCGGCAGGCGACUCACGUUACGAGUGUAACUUGCGCCAAGCCCCGAAUGUUGAUAUUUGUAAAGUAUUUCAGACAGUCAGCCGCUCGGCGGCAUGCACAGGUCAUAUCAUUACUAUUUGCCUUUGAGAGGGCCACCUCCCUUUUGUGUUUCAUUCUCUAGUCUUCUCACCAUAUUGUAAAUGUUAAGGUUUUCUAACGUCUACAUGCCUUUCUCUUGUAAAAUGACGAAACUCUGUAAACGUGAUAAUAUUUAUUUCUGAAAUUAACCUCUAAACAUAAAGUGGCAGUUUUCUUUUCAGAAAUUCGAAGGGAACGUGUCACGAUUAGAUAAAUAUAGAAGUGGGGUCCAAAGAAAUAUCUUUUGUAAAUCCGCUCGCAUGGAACCAGCGUUGUCAUGUGGCUCCUAACAGCCGGUUCUCUUUUUUUGUGGCUUUUAGAACUCGAUCCUUACGCGGAUCUAAAAGAAAAUGAUAAAUCCUUUAUGUUUGUUGUCUAGCAUCUGGCAGUAUUUUUUAAAUAUUGUAUUUCUAUGUCUUCCUGUCUACGCGGCUGCCUCGUCAGGCCUCUUGAAUGUGAUCUCAAUAAGCGUCGUGUGGCUUGCUCCUUUCCCUUCGGGUACGGUCACAGGGUGUGUAGACGUGGCUGUACUUCUCCUUCUGCUGCUCUUGAGUUUCAACUCUACCGUAGCCGUUUUAACAUGUUUCUUGUUAAAGUAGUGGUAAUUUAGCUCACAUAGUCUGACAUUUUUGUAUCUAAAACAUUAUGAGACCUAAAACCAGAGGAUCGUCUAUUUUCCAUGUGUUACUGUUGUAGCUGUAAAGCUGUGCGACUUAAAAAAAACUUGGAUUUUUUGAUUUGAAACAAAAAAUAUUUGGUACGUGCAAGUAAAAGCGUUAAAAGGGAUACUGCCCUCCUAUAGAAUUAGACAAGCCUACCUUGUUUGGCAUAAUGUUUACAGAAGCAAUGUAAAUAUACCUAAGUAUUUCUAACUUCGAAAAAUUCUCGCACCUGACCAGACUUGUAAAUAUUUUUCUAUGAAAAAAUCAUUAUUAACAAUUAAUGUUAGUGUUUCAUGGAUACAAUCUCAAUUGUGAAUCACUAAAGGACAAUCAUCAUCUUAUUCACUGUCUCUCUGAAAUAGUUGUCUUCAUAUAGCUGCAUACUUUUUUUUAAACGUAACUUAAUUUCCCUGUCAACUUUUCUUAAUUCACAUUAAGGCUACUUACUCCCUUGAUAAUUCAAGAGGAAAAAAUUACCUUGAUUAGAGUUUCCUCGCUUUAGUCAUGUUGCAAGGCACUCCUUUGGCAGUGCUCGUGGUAGAAUAAUAAGCAAAACAAACGCCAGUACAAACUUAAAGUAAGGGAGAAAUAAAUUAUAUUGCACUUGAAAAAGUAAAACUCACAAUCCAGUUUAGAUACUUAACGAGGUGAUAUGACCAUACAAUCACGUUUAUCAUGUACAAGAUUUAUAAAGGUCUUUCAUUUCUUUUCUGUUUUGUCGACAAUUUUAGAGGAAUAGUAAAAUGGUUAGACAUAUCACGACAGCAGCAAGUCAUUGCGUGGGUAUGAGCGACCUUGAGUCAUUAAAUAAUGUAUGAAAGGGAGUAUAUAAAUUAAAACAGUUUAAACACA